AUGUCGCCUCAAGCAACGUCAUUCCUACAAUCGAAUCUUAGCGGUCUUCACUUUCCUAUCAAGAUGGCAUCUCGCAGCUUCGAAGAAGUGCCUGUAAAGCGAGAGAUCUUAUACGUUGGCGGUGAAUACACCACAAUCACUGACGGAAGUCCAGCCCAAUAUAUGACCGGCCAAAUCUACGUGGAGAAGCUCACACCAUCUAUCGCAUUUCGAAAAUGUCCUAUCAUAUUCAUAGCAGGUGGAGGCCAAACCGGGACAAACUGGCUACAUACGCCCGAUGGCAGGCCCGGUUGGGCGCACUUUUUCCUGGCUUAUGGAUUUACUGUGUAUCUCACAGAUCAGCCCUCCCGUGGAAGGUCGGCUUGGUAUCCUUCGGUUGGGAAGAUGGGCGCUCUAAGCACGUUUGACAUCGAAUCUAUGUUCACAGCUGUGUCCUCUCAUGACCAGUGGCCGCAGUCGAAGCUGCAUACACAAUGGCCUGGGACCGGUAAGGUCGGCGAUCCUGUGUUCGACGCCUUCUACGCUUCCCAAGUUCCCUACCGUCUGGACAGACUCGUCGCAGAGGAUGAAAAUGCGAAAGCAUAUUCGGUUCUGCUCGAUCAGAUAGGUGAAGCGUAUAUUGUCACGCAUAGCCAGGCUGGAGCGUACGGAUGGCGCAUUGGCGAUGCGCGACCGCACCUUGUGAAGGGAAUCGUGGCUUUAGAGCCAAGCGGGCCCCCGUGCGAGAAGAGACCGCCAUUCCAAGGACAGAAAAUUCCUUUCGGCAUAACAGAUGGAAAGCUCGAAUACGACCCAUCAGCAGGCGCAGGAGGUGAGCAUCUUAGAUAUGUCAAGGUUCCUGCGAAAAGUGAGGAUCAUUACGAGUGCAUUAUGCAGGCCGACCCACCAAAGAAAUUGAAGAAUCUGUCCAAAAUACCCGUUCUGGUCGUUACAUCGGAAGCAAGCUAUCAUGCCCCCUACGAUUACAAUACUGUAAUCUACCUGUACGUAAGGCCGCGGUACGAAAUAGAUGUCUCCGACACAAACAACUCGUACCUAAUCCCAGUCCUUUGGCUUACACUAACUUCAUACCACACGUCUAGGCAGCAAGCCGGAGUAGAAGUGGAGUACGUGGACCUGCCGGCAGAAGACAUAAAAGGAAAUGGUCAUAUGUUCUUCAUGGAGCUCAACAACAUUGAAAUCGCAGCAAGGGUCUUGAAGUGGCUCGACAAGCAUUGA